AUGUAUUGGAAAGUUCGCGAUAUCGUUGCCGUUCAUGGUUGCAAGGGCGGCGUAGGCAAGUCGACGGUAGCUGCUGGCCUAGCCCUUGCCUUAAAAGACCAUGGCUGCACGGUAGGCAUAUGUGAUCUUGAUAUAUACGGCCCCAACAUCGCAUAUAUCCUCGGUGCCGACGAGUCUUACGUGAAAUGGAGGCGUGUGGAAUUGGAAGACGAGGUCAUUAAAUAUGACUCUCAAGUUCCAACCACUCCAAUACAGACGCAGGAAGCUUCCAGUGCAGAUGAGAUUUUAAGACUGCCGCAUGACGGUGAUGAGUUCCCUACAAUGGCUUUUGGAAAGGCUGAACCAAUCACUACUAGCCUUUUAGAACCCAAAGUGGUUCACGGCAUCAAGUUGAUGUCUUUUGCCUUCAUUAAGUCCAAACAGGAAUUAGGGUAUGCGGCCUUUAGGGGUCCGGUACUAGACCAGAUUGCUUCCGAGUUGGUCCUAAAGACCGAUUGGGGAGAUUUGGAUUACCUGAUACUUGAUCUCCCGCCGGGCACGGGCGAUGUAAUCAUAUCCAUUAUUGAGGACGUGACGCUGUCUGGAUUGGUUGCGGUGUCAACUCCGCAUGAGCUGGGAUGUAGCGACCUCAUGAGGGGACUUGGGCUUUUUCGGGACCACCAAGUUUCCACUUUGUGUCUAGUUGAAAACAUGUCAUAUUUUACCUGCGACGGUUGCAGCAAGUUGCAUCACCCAUUCGGUCAGCCGAAGGUUUCGUCACUAGCUACAUCGAUAGGCGUGGCUAACUACGUGUGCCUGCCGGUUAUGGCCAAUAACGGGAGCUUCGUGGAUGAGCUGGCGUCAAACGCAGACGCGUCGCGGAAAUUUUCGGAAAUCGCCAAGGCUGUCAUGGCCAACCACCUCACCACGAAAACAGCUUCGAAGAAGGCGAACAGCGAGGCACUCGGCGAUGGUCUUGAUGUUCCUGAACGCCGCGUUCCUUGCGCCAGUGCAAAUAAGGUAGAUGGCCUGGUUGACUCUCCUGAGUGGAGACACAUCGACAGCCUGCCUGCGUACGACACCGGCUGA